AUGCCUGACAUGUUCUUCUUCCGUGACGCCGAAGAAAUCGAGGCUGAGGCCGCCGAUAAGGCCGCUAAACUAUUGGAAGAACAAGGUGGUGCCGCGCUCGGUGAGGCCCGUGCCGUGGACUGGGAAGUCGCCGGAGCUGGUGCCGGUAUCGCUGCUGCUGCGGCUACCAUGCCCUCGGUUGAAGUCGACUGGACUGCCCCUGAAGCCACAACCGAUUGGGCUGCCGCCGACACCGGUGACGCCCAGUGGAGCGCCCCAGCUCCCGCUGCUGAAGCCUCGGGCUGGUAA